AUGGCUCAAGUGCCUCAGAAUGCACCGCAGAACCUACCCCAGGCGGCCUUUGACCGCGCACUUGACUCCUUCAAGAAAGACUUGACUAAGCGGGACAGAGACAGUUUCAAGAUUACGACUUUUCAAGACCUUCAAAAAAGCAUUGAUGAUCUCCAGAAAAAGCAUCAUUCAGCUCGCCGACUUCAAGAUCUGAGUCGUUUGGGAGUCUUUCUUGAAGCUAUUGAGCAAUACACCAAGGUGGUGGACCCGUUUUGCAACAGCAAUGAGAUUGUUGCAUUUGUUUUGGGACCUGUCAAGUUUUUAUUGCAGAUUGCGAGUUCGUACCAGAAGGCAUUCCAGGAGCUUGUCAGCAUCUAUGAAGAUAUUGGGAAGAACCUUCCAUUGCUUCUCCAGUAUCAGGAGCUGUUUCGCACCAAGCCUCACAUGGUCAAGGUGUUAUUGCUUAUCUACGAAGACAUUCUCAAGUUUCAUCGACUUGCCAUGCGUUAUUUUCAAAGGCGUGUAUGGAAACAACUGUUCGAUGCAACUUGGCCCAGUCACACGUCUCGCUUUUCUGCCAUUAUCGACAAUUUGCGUAAGCACCAGACGUUAAUCGACCGACAAGCCACUAUUGCACAGAUCGAAGAUGAACAAGCAGCACGACUUAUUGAAGAGGAUAGAUUCGAGGUACUUAUGCAAAAUGAGGACCUGGAACGGUCACGCGUCGUUUUCAAUUGGCUCAAGUCUCCACAAAUGGAUACCGAUCAGUAUAACUUCACAAAAGUCCGGGCAGAUUACCCAGACUCUGGGAAGUGGCUUCUUGACAAUCAAUCUUUCAAAGAGUGGUUUGACCCCAGCUAUCCAAAGAUCCCCCCUCUUCUUUGGGUCAAUGGAAUUCCGGGCUCAGGGAAAACAAUUCUGGCCUCUUUUGUAGUGGAAGAGGCUCGGAAGCUUGCUACAAAACCUACAGUCCUCUUCUUCUAUUGCAAACAUGACGAUCCUGAGCAUGACAAUUUUCUAGCCCUUGCACGAGGAAUCCUAGCUCAAAUUUUGCACCAGGACAAAGAUCUACUGCUGUAUUUUUAUCAAGAGCGCUGCAAUAGCAAAGAAGCUGUUCUGGCUGUUCCUGAUCAGGUCCGUAGACUCCUCACCUUUGCAUUUCAAAACUGCAAGAAUGCAUAUAUCAUUCUGGAUGGGCUAGAUGAGUGCAAAAGGGAUGAUCGCAAAGACAUUGUACAGUGGUUUAUCAAACUUGUUGAAAGCCUUCCGGUCAGUGAAUCAUCUAGAUUGCGAUGCCUCUUCACAAGUCGAGAUGAUGGCCCUGGCCGCAAGGACUUUGAAAACAUUGACAUUUUGACGAUUCGACAGCAGGAUACGCAGGGGGAUUUACAACGAUACUGCCAAUUUCAGGCUGAGAGAUUGAAAGAUAAACUUUGGCUAUCACCAGAUAGGGCACAAGAAAUUUCUCUAAUUGUGUCUCAGCGAGCUGGAGCACUGUUUCUUCUUGCAAGAUUGAUAUGGGAUUCGCUGUUGGAAGCAAUGUCUAUCCAGAGCUUGGAACAGCAGUUGGAGCCCAGUCGGCUUCCAGCGGAUCUUGAUGACGCUAUGAGUCUCUUCAAGUUUGCGCUCAGAAGCUUUGCUAACAUUUUGUGUAGCUUCCUAGUAGAUGAGGAUAUUGUCAACCCAUUGACUCAUGAUAUAGAGAUGGGAUGUCUAUGUCUUGACUAUCUGAAUCUCCCCAUUUUCACGGAUUCAAUCUCCACGCGAGCCACUUGCCAAGGUAAUUAUGGUUUAAUGGAUUACGCAGUUAUUUACUGGAUCAAACAUCUUGAAGGUGUGCUUGCGGAAGCCGGUCGAAGAAUGAAGACUAGGCUGCAGGAGGGCCAUCGCGUGCAAGCCAAUUCGGAAGACCAAGACCGGUCUUUUGUCUACCCUACAUUACGAGAAGAAGAUUAUGCGCAGGUCAUGUUUCCGUUUGCCGAAUCUUUGAGUGUCUUUCUUGAUAAGCAUUGGAUAAAACCGAAGAUAUCACUUGAGGUUUCUUCGCGCAACAAAAGGAAAUUGCAGGUAUUCCAGGGAAAGGACUUUCACGAACAAUUGGAGCAGAUCUUCGUCUUCACAAGAAAACAACUCCACUCAUUCAGCACGAUAAAGAAGGACGAAAUGUCAACAGAUAUCUCCGAUAUUGUUCACGAGGUGCGAGGAGAGAUUGAAAAGGCUUUUACAAGUGCGGAUCCACCUUCAAAAAGCUCAAUCAUUGAAAAAUACGGAGACAAUCUCUUCAAAUGUCCACGGCUGAGCUGUCGGUAUUUUACAUCCGGCUUUCCAACAGCUGAGGAGAGAGAUAAACACAUUCGAAAGCACGAGCGUCCACUCAGAUGCAAUUAUAAGGACUGUAUCACCGGCUUUGAGAUUGGAUAUGUCAACCAGGCCCAGUACAAAAGGCACAUGAGGGACUUGCACCCAUCGCCGUCUACACAGGUCGACCAGUUUCCUACAGACCAGGAGAUCCACCAAAGCAAACAAAUCAUACUAAAAGAUCAGGCUAAAGCUCGGCCUGUCCCUUCUUCGUCCAAUAACCCCCAGCCGAAUCAAAAUCAAAAUUCGCCCGCUGGGGUACCAGCUGGGGUGUCAUCAAACCCACAGACAGUAGACUCUUCGUCUGAUUCCGAACCAGAGAUUCGACCCCUUCCACGACCUGAGCGCACAGUGGAAGACCUGACGUGUCCGACCUGCUCGCGCGUAUACACAAAGCUAUAUAACCUCCGCUCGCAUCUUCGGGUCCAUGAGACGAAUCGGCCUUUCUCGUGUGAAUUUUGUCAGAAGUCGUUUGCCCGGAAAAAUGAUUGUAAUAGACACAGGAAGAUUCAUUUGGGGACUAGGGACUGG